UGGUCGUUCCGACGAAGCAAACCUUAUUCAAACAAUAUGAUCGCCAAAACCGCAAUAGUGUUGUCCAUGGUGGCGCUGGCAUCGGCCGGCGUGGUGCAGCUGGCGGGCUACGGACACGAGGGUGUUGCGUAUGCCCCUGUCGCACACUAUGGAGGACAUGAGGACCAUCACGUUGAUUAUCAUGCCCAUCCGAAAUACGACUACUCGUACUCAGUAUCCGAUCCCCACACUGGUGACCACAAGACCCAGCACGAGGCCCGUGACGGUGACGUCGUGAAAGGAGAAUACUCCCUGCUGCAGCCUGACGGCUCUUUCAGGAAAGUCACUUAUACUGCUGAUGACCACAACGGUUUCAACGCGAUAGUCCACAACACGGCACCGCACCAUGAGUUCCACUAGGCGUCAUUCUAGGCUAGAGGCCAUUGCUUGCAUGUGAUAUUAAUACC